AUGGAGGCGCAGCGCGCACACGUGAAGGGCGACGCCCGCACCACGCACGCCAUCGUGCGCGCGCUGUGUGGCCGCGAGAUGCCCGCCGUUGCUGCCCUUCGCCGCCCUGCUGGUGAGCUCGCCAGCACGCGUGGCGAGCGUGAUGAGCUCAUGCGCGGCCACUUCGCGCAGGUUUUCCGUGGCAAGCUAGUCUCACCCGAUGAGCUCGCCGAGGGCGUGCCGCCGCCUCGUUUCCCGUACUGUGCUGCUACCAACGCACCUGAUGUUUCACCCAGCGCCGCCCGUCGCGCCUUCUCAAUCAUGAAAAACAACGAGGGAGUCGGCAACGAUGGCAUCCCAGGUGAGCUGAUACGUGUCGCCAUCGAUUUGUUGUCGGUCAAAGUUUUUUGA